GCCUUUGGUCCUCUCCACAUUCAAAACCCUUCUUCCUUUCAGUUCCUAGUUGCCUCUGCUGCAACAGCAUUCUGUCGCAAAUUGAUGAUAUUUGGGUGUUGAUGCGCUUCUGUCAUUUGGUUUAGAUUCAGGAUGAAAAUGUCACUGGUUUGGCCUCUCUUAACGAGGCGAGGAUUCAGCACAAGCUCUGAGAAUCUUGUUGCUUCUGUGCUCUUUGAGAGAUUGCCAGUGGUCAUUCCCAAAAUUGAUCCUGUGGUUUAUGCAUUUCAAGAAUUCUCGUUUCGAUGGCGACAACAAUAUCAACGCAGAUACCCUGAUGAAUUUCUUGACAAAUCUGAUGCAAGGGGGAAAGGUGAUUAUCAGAUUGACUAUGUGCCAGCACCACGAAUCACUGAAGCCGACCAAAGUAAUGACCGAAGGUCAUUACAAAGAGCUCUUGACAGAAGACUCUACCUUCUUCUCUAUGGUAAUGCAUAUGGGGCUCCAAGUGGGAAGCCUGUGUGGCAUUUUCCAGAGAAAGUUUAUGAAUCAGAGGACACCAUGCGCAAGUGUGCAGAGUCUGCUUUAAAAUCAGUCAUAGGAGAUCUUUCUAAUACAUAUUUUGUUGGAAAUGCUCCAAUGGCCCAUAUGGUUGUUCAGCCAACAGAAAACCAGUCCGAAUCCACAUCUUUUAAGCGAUUCUUCUUCAAGUCACAAGUAAUUGCUAAAAACAAGUUCGACAUCGGAAAAUGUGAGGAUUUUGUCUGGGUGACAAAGGAUGAAUUGACGGAGUAUUUUCCCGAGCAAGCCGAGUUUUUAAAUAAGAUGAUCAUUAGCUGAUGAAAGUGGAGAACAGUUGUUUAAUUGAAAUUUUUGCCAGUUAGUUCCUAGAAUGACAGUGGAGGGCCUUGCAAGAAGAUCAAUGUAAGAUAAAGUUUCUGGGCACAUUGGAAGAUUUCGAUUUAAAGUUAAACGUGACAUUUCUAGUUUUGGAGACUUGUCCGAGUUAAUGGAUGCUGGAAGGCUUUUUUGUUUAAAAACGUAUUUUGUUGUUUCUUUUAAUUUGCCAUAGCUCUUCUUGUAGUUGUACUGUAAUAAAUAAGUUGCAAUGGUGAUUAUGACGAUUUGAAUAUGUUUCCCAAUUUUGUUGAUAUAGUUUCUGUUUGGAUAUCUAUCUUACCAGUUCAGCCAACUAGUCUUGUUUUGGAGACCAAAGUAACACUUUUACUCAUGCCCUGCCAAGAA